GUCCCUGAAAGUGGGGAGGCCCUGGUGGAGUGGUGAGCACCCCCACCGUGGGGAGCCCUGUCAGAUGUGGGUCCCAAGCAUAAGGUGGCCGGACAGGGCCAUCCUCAGGAGUGGGAUGGCCUCCUGCCACCUACCCGUCCCCACUACGGCUCCUUCCACUGUAUCCCAGGCACCGGCAGCGGCAGGACAUCUGCAGGCUAAUGGCCUGGCCCCAGGGCUCACUAGAAACACAACCCCCAGCGCUUUCCCAAGCUAGGUGACACACGUGUUCUCCACCAGCAAUUCCUGUUCCCACCAUGCUCCCUGCCCUGUGCUGUCCCAAUGGCUUUGCUUUUGGGGGCAGCGGGAUGGGGUGAGCGGGGGCCCUGGCCCAUCAGCUUGGUGGCCCAGACUGGGGCAGACAUCCCUGGAGAGGGAGGUCAGUGACUGCAUUUAGCAGAGAAUGGAGGGAAGAGGGACACAGCCCCCAGCUAACCCUGUGCAGUGAGAGCUGGGGGCCUGGCUUGGAGACCAGCCAUGGUGUCUGCCCCGGAGGACCCCGAAGAGGCUGGUGGGAGAGGUGGGUGAGGGCAGGAGCCUGGUGGAGAGCCCAGCAGUUUGGUCCGAGUGAGGCUGGGCUGAUGGCCUCUGCGGGGUGCGGUCUUGGGUGCCAAGGCGGGGCUGGAAGGGUGUGGGCGUGAUGUGGCCAAAGAGUAAGGUUGGCCACUGGGGAGUCCAUCACCAUUUUAUUAACCGGUAAGCCUGCGGGCGGGCGGCAGGAGCUUGGCAGACGGUGUCCUUCCUCCCGGCCACUGUGGUCCGGCCUCUGGGCAAGCCGGCCUGGUGGGCCCUUGCAAGGAAGGGCGACACAUCCCAGAUGGGAAGGCCGUCCCUCCCAGGGAAAGGAGAGGCUGCCGGGGAGCUGAGGCCACAGCCCUGGGGAGCUCUGCGAACUCUGGUCAGCCCAGCCCAGAGCUGCAGGGGCUCUCGUGCCCCGAAAGUGGGACUCCUGGUAGCCUGUGGGUGGACAGGCCCCGGGCAGUCCUGCAGGGAGGACGUGUGGCUAGAAGGCAGGAAGGCCCACUCCACAGACUGGUGCUAGAGUGGGCGGCCCAGUGCGGCUGCAGACCGGUCCGUCACUUGUGUCAGUGGGCACAUGCCAGGCGACGGGGCAAACACCCACAGGCCUGCAGAGGUGGUGUCGGGGCAGAGGCUCCGGAAUCUUCUUCCCUGAGCAGGGAUGUGGGUCUGGCCAGCCUGGGUGGGUCUCAGGGAAGACAGGGGAGGGUAGCCUGUCCUUCAGGCGGGCCCUGGGAAGCAGAGUAGGGGGCCUGGGGUUGAUCUGAGGGUUUGGAGCGCUAGUUCGUUAAUAGGAGCCGCGUGAAAACGUGGUGACCCAGGCCCGCCCUGUACCUGUCAGCUGAGUGGUCCUGGGGGGGUGGAUGGGGGUAUUGGCAGAAGCCUUAGCGUGGGGGGCUACUCGGUCUGGACACUCUGGGCAGCAGGACCUGGUGUGGCAGGCAGCCUGGGACCUGAUCCCCCCAUCCCUGUCCUCACCUGCCCCGGGCCCUCCGGAGACUCAGCCUCACCAGACCCCACCGCCGAGUGAACAGGGCCCCCAGGGCCGGUGCUGGCCUUGAGAUCCUGUACCUGGGCUGGUCUUUGCCCUGGGCCUCCCACCCUCCCUCUUGUUCUCGGUUUCUCCGUGUGCUCUGACUCCAGGUAGUUUUGGGGUCAGAGGGCACCCCAGAGCUGCACCCCUUCCUGUUCCCAUGGUCCAGAGCUGCACAGCCUUGGAGCCCUCUGCCACCCCAUGCCCGUUGCUGAGCUGGGCAAGUGGCCUGGCAGAGAAGGCCUCGCCCCCGCCGGCCCUGCCCUGCUGACAGUGCUGAUCCCCAGCUCUGAGCUGUCCUGAUCCCUUGAUCCCCCUCAGUCCCCGGGAGGCCCUGGACAGCCUGCCUGAGGACCUGGGGUCUCCUGGAACUUGGGACGCCAGAGCCUUCGGCCCACCGCUCUGGGGUGGGUGGAGGCAGGGGGACCACGAGGCCGGGGCAUUCCCGGGACUGGCAGCCGAGGUGGGCCGGGAGCUGGUGGGCCAGGAGGGAGGCCUGGAGUCCCGCCAUGCCGGCCGCCUCCGCCGAGGGCCAGCCUGUGGCCCUGAGCCUGGCAGAGAAGGCCGUGUGCAAGGUGGUGUACGGUGCCCCGCGGCCCCGCCCCCUGCUGCUGCCCGUGGGCCUGGAGCUGUGGCUCUACGUGCAGAAGAUGCGUAACCUGCGGAGGAAGAGGAUGGAGGCCUCGUGCCUGGAGCUCGCCCUGGAGGGGGAGCGUCUCUGCAAGGCGGGGGACUUCAAGGCAGGCGCGGCGUUCUUUGAGGCGGCAGUGCAGGUGGGCACCGAGGACCUGAAGACACUGAGUGCCAUCUACAGCCAGCUGGGCAAUGCCUACUUCUACCUGAAGGAGUACUCCCGGGCCCUGGAGUACCACCGGCACGACCUGCUGCUGGCGCGGACCAUCGGGGACCGCAUGGGGGAGGCCAAGGCCAGUGGGAACCUGGGCAACACACUGAAGGUCCUGGGCCGCUUUGACGAGGCUGUCGUCUGCUGCCAGAGGCACCUGGACAUCGCCCAAGAGCAGGGGGACAAGGUUGGGGAGGCGAGGGCACUGUACAACAUCGGCAACGUGUACCAUGCCAAGGGCAAGCAGCUGUCCUGGACCACCGUGCAGGACCCCGGGCACCUGCCACCGGACGUCCGGGAGCCCCUGCGCAGAGCCUCCGAGUUCUAUGAGAGGAAUCUGUCCCUGGUGAAAGAGCUGGGCGACCGGGCGGCCCAGGGCAGGGCCUAUGGCAACCUAGGCAACACCCACUACCUGCUGGGGAGCUUCAUGGAGGCCACAGCCUUCCACAAGGAGCGCCUGGCCAUUGCUAAGGAAUUUGGAGACAAGGCGGCCGAGAGGAGGGCCUACAGCAACCUGGGGAACGCCCACAUCUUCCUGGGGCGCUUUGACGUGGCUGCUGAGUACUACAAGAAGACGCUGCAGCUCUCGAGGCAGCUCAAGGACCAGGCAGUGGAGGCGCAGGCCUGCUACAGCCUGGGCAACACGUACACGCUGCUGCAGGACUACGAGCGCGCGGCCGAGUACCACCUCCGGCACCUGCUCAUCGCCCAGGAGCUGGCCGACAGAGUGGGCGAGGGCCGGGCGUGCUGGAGUUUGGGGAAUGCCUACGUGUCCAUGGGGAGCCCCGCACAGGCCUUGACUUUUGCCAAGAAACACCUGGAGAUCUCCCAGGAGGUCGGGGACCGCAGCGGGGAGCUCACGGCCCGCAUGAACGUGGCACAGCUCCAGCUGCUGCUGGGCCGGAUGCCCAGUCCUGCGGCCACCGAGAAGCCAGACCUGGCUGGUUACGAGGCCCAAGGUGCCAGGCCCAAGAGGACACAGAGGCUGAGCGCAGAGACCUGGGGCCUGCUGAGGCUCCCCCUGGAGCGGGAGCAGAAUGGAGACAGCCACCAGGUGGGGGAGUGGCGGGGGCCGGGCAGGGACGUGCUCCCUCUCCCCAUGAGGAGCAGGAAAUACCAGGAGGGGCUGGAGGCUGCUGAGAGGCCCCGAGAGGGCGGCCACUCCCCGCUGGACAGCGCAGACGUCCGGGUGCAGGUCCCCCGCACGAGCAUCCCUCGGGCCCCAUCCUCCGACGAAGAGUGCUUCUUUGAUCUCCUGAGCAAGUUCCAGAGCAGCCGUAUGGACGACCAGCGCUGUCCCCUGGAGGAGGGCCAGCCUGGGGCCUCCGAGGCCACAGCUGCCCCUACCCCGGAGGAGAGGGUCGCCCAGCCCUCGCUGACGGCCUCCCCGCAGACUGAGGAACUCCUGGACCUCAUCGCCAGCUCCCAGAGCCGCCGGCUGGACGACCAACGGGCCAGCGUGGGCAGCCUGCCCGGGCUGCGCGUCACCCACAGCAACCUGGGCCGCCUGCGCGGUGAUGGGGACCCACAGGAGCCCGGGGACGACUUCUUCAACAUGCUUGUCAAGUGCCAGUCCUCCAGGAUCGAUGACCAGCGCUGCCCACCUCCUGACGUGCUGCCCCGCGGCCCCACCAUGCCCGACGAGGACUUCUUCAGCCUCAUCCAGAGGGUGCAGGCCAAGCGGAUGGACGAGCAGCGGGUGGACCUUGCUGGGAGCCCCGAGCAGGAGGGGGGUGGGAGCCCCGAGCCCCGGCAGCAGGGCCAGCCCGGGGCCAGCUAAGACCCUGUAGCCACGGCCAGGCUGGCCCCAGCCCAGCUCUGGGCCUUGGGGCCAGGGGGCUCACUGUCACCUGUGAUGCCCACAGCCCCUCGAGAAGCCCAUUCCUCCAGAGGCCAUGGCUGAGGGCAGGCUCUGCGCCCUCUGGCCCUUCCCACUGUGGCCGAUGCUGGGCACAUGGCCCCCACAGCAUCCCCCUCUUGGAGGGGCAGGCUCGGGCCAGGGCUGCCCUGGGUGGGUGCGCCUGCCUCUGUCCUGGACUGGCUCCCACGUGGGACACGGCUUUCUGCAGGCCUGCCCCGACCCGCCUGGCCUGGCCUUCUUCCCACCCCCUCCCUGCCCCAGGUCUGGCCUGUAGCUUGCUGGUCCCUAACCCUCCCUGGCCUCUCCCCACUCUGCCCAGCUCCGUCCCUCCGGCCCGCCCGGCAAAUGUGAAGACUCCGUGGCUGCCUCUAAGCCCCCAAAGGCUGCUCUGAAGCCGCUGCCACGGGGCCUGCCAGCAACAUGGACGCUUCUGUCCUCCCGGGGAGGGUCCCAGGGGUGACAGAGCAGACACGCUUGGCCCAGUCCCAGCCCCUGGCCUGUCGGCCCACCUCUUGCCUCCUCUGGGCUGGAGGAGGCGGAAGGUCGGCUCAGAAAGCCUAGAGCCUGACGGGAGCGCGCAGACAGGCCAGGUGUCCCCACACUUUGUCGCCAGGCCCUGGCCCCCAGCCCCAGCUGGCACCCAGUCCAGAGCAGGCAGGGGCCUUGAGGGAGGUGAGGGGAAGGGUGGGGAUAAGCUGUGACACCCUAAGCCCUAAGCCCCGAAAGCCCAGGGACGGAGCAGGCCCAGGCUGGGACGCCAGCAGGCAGCGAGGUCUGCUCCCUCACCACACCAGGGCCAGAGGCGGCUGGCAGAAGCCCGGGUGGGGGGUUCGGCUUGGCUCAACCCUGUGCCUCCAAGUGAGCACCCAGCCUUCAGCUGGGAAGAUGACAUCGCUGCCUUCUCCUGCGGGGAGGGUCCAGCCCGCACACACCAUCAGCCCACGGGAUUGGGCAGGAGACAGGCCCUCUGGGGGGCUGCAGCCCUGGCCUGCCACCAGCCCUCUGGCAAGCCCCUGGCCCCACACCUCAACCCCAUGGUCCCUAGGGUGUGGGGCUACCUUCUCCCCAGGAGGUGCCUCAGCCGGGCUCCUCGGUCUUUCUCUGAGGCUCUCCAAGCAUGGGGAGGCAGCCAGACCCCCACCCCACAGUACAGCCUGGGGGCCCCGGGCCCACAGCGACCAUGCUCUGAAGGGUGUGGCGUCCGAUGCCAGAACACGGGCUCCUCCUGGGCCGCCCCACAUACUUGAAUGUACGUGCAUAUUUAUUGCUCACGCGUCGUCUGCUGUGCUGUCAGUGGGUCCUUUCCAACCCAAGAGGUACAUUUUUUUUUUCGUUUUUCCCAAAAAAAUAAAGUCUGCCAA